GAGGCUGAUGACCUUGAACAACUGUGCCUCGAUGAAACUGGAGGUUCAUUUUCAAUGCAAGCAGAAUGAAGACUCAGAGGAGGAAGAGCAGUGUACUGUCAGCAACCACUGGGCCUUCCAGCAAGAAAAUAAGUGCUGGUCUCGCAUGGGUUCCUCUGAUCUGCUGGCCCCACCGAGCACUAGCCUUCCAGUAACCUCCAGCUGUGAGAGUGUCCUCACCCAGCUUAGUGUCACCUCCUUGCCAGCCAUUGCUGUGAGCUUACCGGCCCCCAAGCCAGCAGACCUGCCUUUGCUAGGCUGCACCCCGGGCCCAAGUGACCGGCCCCUCCUCAGCCCCACCCGUGGACAAAAGGGUCUCCAGUCUAAGGCCAAGAAGCACCGAUCGCGUAGCUUCCUCAAGCACCUUGAGUCCUUGAGGCGGAAGGAGAAGGGUGGCGGUCGGCCAGCAGAGCCAGAGCGUAAGGCAGCCACCUUGGAGAAGACCAUCAAAGCCUCCACUUCCCGCAGUCGCCGUGGCUUCCUCUCAGCUGGAUUCUACAGGGCGAAGAACCAGACCAUCGCUUCAGCCAGUGGCAGUGGCACUGAGACUCAGAGAGCCUGGGGGGACUGGCCUGCCACGUUCUGGCACCCUCAGCUGACACACAGGGGUGACUGUCUGGUGCACGUGCCCCGGGACCACAAGCCCGGCACAUUCCCUCGCUCCCUCUCCAUCGAGAGCCUGUGUCCUGACAAUGAACACCGCCUGGCAGACUGGCAGCCAGGUAGGCGCUGGGGUUACGAGGGACGCCGCGGGUCCUGCGGCUCCACGGGCAGCCACGCCAGCACCUACGACAACUUGCCCGAGCUGUACCCGGUGGAGCCUCUGCUGGCCAGGGCUGAGGCUGAAGACGAAGAUGAAGGGGAGGGCAGCUACGCCCACCUGGAUGACAUCCUUCAGCAUGUAUGGGGGCUGCAGCAACGGGUAGAGCUUUGGUCUCAGACCAUGUACCCAGACUUGGGGCCUGGAGAGAAGGAAGAGGAAGAAGAUGAGGAAGAAGAGGAAGAAACCACUUUGUCCAUAGAAAUAGCAACAGCUGAGGUUGAAGGCCAGGCUGAGGCUGUGAGCCAGGAGGAGGCUGUGGCCCUCAGACAGUCCCCUGUCCUGGGUCAGGCUGAUGUGCAACCAGCAGCCCCACCUCAGGCUCCAGCUGAGGUCCAGGCUCCCACACAGGCAGAGGCUGAGUCCCCCGGCCCAGCCCAGGAUGAUGAGCAGGAGGCGACUUCAGGAGGGGAACCCACUUCUGUGGAAGAAGGACACUCCAUUUCUGACACUGGGGCCUCCUCUAGUGAACUGGACAGCAGUGGGAGCUUCAUGAAUGAGGGUGAAGCUGCAGGGCCCCCAGCUGGACUCCAGGCAGCAGCCCCCCGGGAACGGCGAGAUUCAGGUGUUGGGGCCUCGCUUACCAGACCCUGCAGGAAGCUACGCUGGCACAGCUUCCAGAACUCCCACCGGCCCAGCCUCAACUCAGAGUCCCUAGAGAUCAACCGACAAUUUGCUGGCCAGAUCCACCUUCUGCACAAGGGCUCACUGCUGCGCCUCACCGCCUUCAUGGAGAAGUACACGGUGCCCCACAAACAGGGCUGGGUCUGGUCAGUACCUAAAUUUAUGAAGAGGAAUAAGACCCCAGACUACCGAGACCAGCACGUGUUUGGGGUGCCACCGCUCAUCCACGUGCAGCGCACAGGCCAGCCGCUGCCACAAAGUAUCCAGCAAGCCAUGCGCUACUUGCGCAGCCAGUGCCUAGACCAGGUGGGCAUCUUCCGGAAGUCUGGGGUGAAGUCCAGGAUCCAGAACCUGCGCCAGAUGAAUGAGACUUCCCCUGACCAUGUCUGUUAUGAGGGCCAGUCGGCUUAUGAUGUGGCUGACUUGCUGAAGCAGUAUUUCCGGGACCUGCCCGAGCCUAUCUUCACCAGCAAGCUCACCACCACUUUCCUGCAGAUCUACCAACUCCUGCCCAAGGAUCAAUGGCUGGCAGCAGCUCAAGCCGCUACCCUGCUACUCCCUGAUGAGAACCGAGAGGUGCUACAGACCCUGCUCUAUUUCCUAAGUGACAUUGCCUCUGCCGAGGAGAACCAGAUGACAGCCGGCAACCUGGCAGUGUGCCUGGCACCGUCUAUAUUCCACCUCAACGUCUCCAAGAAGGAUAGCCCUUCACCCAGGAUCAAGAGCAAACGCAGCUUGGUUGGCCGGCCAGGCCCUCGGGACUUGAGUGAGAACAUGGCUGCCACCCAGGGCCUAUCACACAUGAUCAGUGACUGCAAGAAGCUUUUCCAGGUGCCCCAGGACAUGGUGCUGCAGUUGUGUGGCUCCUACAACGCAGCUGAACUCAGCCCUCCUGGCCCAGCCCUGGCUGAACUGAGGCAGGCCCGGGCAGCUGGAGUGAGCCUGAGCCUCUACAUGGAAGAGAGCAUCCAAGAGCUGCUGCGCGAUGCUGCCGAGCGCUUCAAGGGCUGGAUGAGCGUGCCAGGCCCCCAGCACACAGAGCUGGCUUGCAGGAAGGCAGCAGAUGGCCACCCCUUACGUGUGUGGAAAGCGUCCACAGAAGUAGCGGCCCCUCCGGCUGUGGUGCUGCACCGCAUUCUGCGGGAACGGGCCCUCUGGGAUGAAGACUUGCUGCGGGCCCAGGUGCUGGAAGCCCUGAUGCCUGGUGUGGAGCUGUACCACUAUGUCACGGACAGCAUGGCGCCCCACCCCUGCCGUGACUUCGUGGUGCUCCGGAUGUGGCGCUCAGACCUGCCUCGUGGGGGUUGCCUGCUGGUCUCCCAGUCGCUGGAUCCCGAGCAGCCUGUGCCAGAGUCAGGGGUCCGGGCCCUAAUGCUCACUUCCCAGUACCUCAUGGAGCCUUGUGGCCUGGGCCGCUCCCGGCUCACUCACAUCUGCCGUGCUGACCUCAGGGGCCGUUCUCCUGACUGGUACAACAAAGUCUUUGGGCACCUGUGUGCCAUGGAAGUGGCAAAGAUCCGGGACUCCUUCCCCAUCCUUCAGACAGCUGGCCCUGAAACAAAGUUGUGAGCUUCGGCCUGAACCCAGGAUGGCACCACUCUGGAGCCCUAAUGCUGAGGGUAUAACGGGGGAGAGGGAGCAGCACAGCCCCCAGAGAUGGCAUCUAGGGGCAGAACUGGGUCUGUGUGCCCCCCUUGUCUUUCCUCCUCUUUUCCCAAAGCUCCUCUGAACAUACAGGACAGGAAAAGAGAAUAUCAGUGACCCAUCUGCACUCCAGCACCACUUCCGCCCCCGGAACCUGUUCUCCCCUCCUGAGAGAGGGGGGUUUCCGAGUAGGAAGGUUGCCGCUGCCCUCCAGGCCCACUGGCCCAGCUGGUCUGACGCCUUGACAGCUUUCCCGCCUGCUGGGGAAGGAGGGAAAGCAGACUGCACCUUCAGCAUUCUGUCAGACCGAGGAGAGGCCAAGCCACCCUUUUUCGGUGCUAGGGCCCUGUGCCAUUGGACAGGAGGCUCUGAUCCUGCCCAUGGGGCCAACCUUGGCCCUAAAACUAGCUUUCCCAGAGAAAUUUGCCCGGAGACAAUGGGCACAGGCAGGCCAAGGGCAGCCCUGCCAUCACGAGCUGUGUUAGUUGUAUAAAUAACGAUGCUGACAUUGAUGAGGCUGAUUUAAAGAGCAAGCACAGACGGGCCUCUAGCAGGUGACAUGACGAUUUGGCAUAACUUGGGAUUUGAGAGCGUGGGGUGGAGACCCUUCUUUUCUCAGGUCUCAUGAGACCAAUGAACCAGCCCCCAUUGCGUUGGAUCCCACACUUUGCCUGCCUCUCCCUGGGAGCCCAUGUAGCCUUUGACCAUGAGCUGCCACUUCUGGAGAGCAGAGGGGCUCAUUCGCAGUGUGCAGGCUGAGAGCAAAAGCAUGUGGUGGCCGUGAGGUAGUAGCUGUGCCUUCGCCCCUUGUCCUGUUCUUCCUGCCUUUGGGAGUAGACCAGACCAACCUGACAGCUCCUUCAAGCAGAGACCUGACCCCUGGCUCUGGUGGUAAGCCAGCAGGUAGACGGGCCUAGUGUCAUCUCAGUCUGAUGUGUUUUAUUCAGACCUGAUCUAUUCAGACCUGGCCAUUUUGGUUCAUAUGGAACUUCAGAUAACAUGCAAAUACCAACUAGUGAUUGAUAGUUCUUCCAGCUACAUCAACUGGAGUGGGAUGGUUCCCAGCCAACAUCGUAAUUUCUAAGCCCAUCUGGUUUAUUUGUACCUAUAAAUACUGUACAGUCAGAAUAUAUAUAUAUAUAUAUAUUUGUGUAUAUAUAGACACACAUAUAUCCACACUCAUAUAUAUUCUUUCAUGAGUGUACUAUAAUCUGCGGGUGGGGCAGGGGUCUAGAAGGCCUCAAGGGAAAGGGCACUUAAGAUGAGGGGGGCAGGCAGAGAGCAGGGUACAUGUGACCCCUCAGCAGAACAAUAAAGUAUUACUGGAGAUGCA